AUGGGGAAGCGGGCGCGGUCGUCGUCUGCCGGCUCGUCUCCCCGGCGCCGCCCAGCAGGGCCGCCGGCCGGUUCCUGGUCGUUGGUGCCGCCUCCUCCUCCUGCCACCGCCGCCCCCUCCUCCUCCGGCACAACAAGUGUGCCUGGACAGCCUGUGGCUGGUCCGGCUGGUCCGGUUGGUCCCUCGGUCGGUCCUGGUCCUGGUCCUUCUUUUGGGCCUGUGGGCGGUCCCUCGGCCGGCGUUGGUUUUGGUGCUGGUCCUUCUGUUGGGCCGGCGGUUGCCGCCACCUAUACUGGUGGUGGAAUCGUCGGUCCCCCGCUGCUGGCUCCUGGCCCUGGUUAUGGUGUUCGUCCUGGCCUUGCUCCUGGUCCCGGUUUCUUUGGUCCUGGUGUUGGUGUUGGGCCUGGUGUUGGUCCUGGCCCUGGUUUUGUUGCUCCCGGCGUUGGUUUUGCUCCCGCUUCCUCUUUUGGAGGACCGUCGAUUGGUGCCGCUGCCACUGCCCCUGGUGGUGUCAGCGGCCCAAUCUUCGGUCCUCCUGUUGCCCCUGUUCCCCUCCCCCGCGUUGGUGGAUUCGCACCAAUCCGCCCAUUGUCUGCGUCCUGGCCAGCCUCGCUGCCGACCUUCCACCCGCGCCCGGACUUCUACACGCGGACGCAACCCGUGGCAUUCUCCAUUGCCGAUGUCUAUCGGCACAUGGAGAGCCUGAUGGCCAACCCGGGCCGCAUGUACGUGACAGUGCAACUGUACGCGUUUGUGCGGCCCGGGUCGGUCGUCCCUCCUGUGGUGCCUGGUGGUACGAGCAGUAGCCCAGCUGCUCAGGCCGCGGCCACAGGAGGUGCCACUGGUGCUGCUGCGAGUUCGGUUGCGCCGGGUGGUAUAACACAAAGCUCACAGGCUCCAACGACGGGGCCAGCACCUGGCUCAAUCGAGUUCACCGACUUGCACGGGAACCCGGAGGUGCUGGCCGCCGUCGUGCCUGUGAGCUAUCGACAGCGGGGCGAGCUGAGACAAGACAUGGGCAUGGUGCGGGCCAUCCUCCGUAUCACCCUGCGGCCUUCUGGUAACAGAGGGCCAGCGACUUCCUUGCCUCCCCCGACCAUUGAUGACCUCCUGUCCCGCUUCCUGACGGAGGUCAUCAUGGUCAACGGCGCCACUUGGCAGUCCGUCAAUAGGAGGGAGAGGGAAGUCGUCGCCCACUUGACCAACUCGGUCACGGCGACCGCUGCCGCUGCCAGUGCUGCUCCGGCGGCAACAGCUCCUGCUGCUUCUUCUUCUUCUGCUUCUUCUUCGGCGGCCGCGGGGUCCCGGGGAGGAAGAGGGAGAGGAGGAAGCCAGCGGGCGGCUGGCAGUGGUAGUGGUCGUGGUCGUGGCCGUGGUCGAGGCCGGGCGCGGGGUGGUCGUGGUGCCUCUGCUGGUCAGGGCAACACCACGCCGCCGCCACCUGCUAAUCCUGCCGAUCCUUAG